AUGACUCAAUAUAAGGUUGAUUUACCACCACCAGCUAAAAGAUUAGUAUUAUUUGUAGAUAAAUUAUAUCAACUAUAUCCAAUUGAAAAUGAUGAUCAUCCAGUAUCAACAGUAAUGGAAUCAAAGGCGCCAUACUUAAGAAACAUAAUAUUGAAUGAAGGUGUAUGGGGUAUAAGUCACACGCGAGUACCAACAGAAUCAAGACCUGGUCAUGUAGCAAUUAUUGCAGGAUUUUAUGAAGAUGUUAGCGCAGUAACAAAAGGUUGGAAAACAAAUCCCGUUGAAUUUGAUUCUACAUUUAAUCAAAGUAGACAUACAUGGUCAUUUGGUAGUCCUGAUAUUUUACCAAUGUUUGCCGAAGGAGCAUCUGACCCAAAUCGUAUCGAUACAUUUAUGUAUGAACACGAAGAUGAAAAUUUUGCUCAAGACAUUUGGGUAUUUAAUCAAUUUGCGCAACUAUUAGCAAACUCAACAUCAGAUCCAAAAUUGAAUAAACAACUGCAUGAAAAUCAAAUAAUAAUAUUUCUUCAUUUACUUGGCCUAGAUACAAAUGGUCACGCAUAUGGACCACACUCAAAAGAAUACAUCAAUAAUAUAAAACUUGUUGAUGAAGGUAUUAAGAAUGUCGUUAAAUUGAUUGACAAUUAUUACAACCAUGAUGGCGGGACUGCAUAUAUAUUUACUGCUGAUCAUGGAAUGAGUAAUAGAGGUAAUCAUGGAGAUGGGCAUCCGGACAAUACACGUACACCAAUAAUUGCAUGGGGAGCUGGAAUUAAUAAACCCGUUAAGGUUGAAGUGAAGGGGGAGGGGAAAGAGGAAGAGAAUUUGGUGUUAGUGAAAAGUGACCAUGAUGAAUUUUCUUACCCAUGGAAUUUAAAUCAUGUUAAAAGAUAUGAUGUGUUGCAAGCUGAUCUCGCACCUCUUAUGCUGCCAUUACACUAUCUUGAUAAUACUCCAUUAUUCAAAGCAAAAAGUAUUUUUGUUAAUGCCAAACAAAUACUUGAACAAUAUCAAGUCAAAUACGAAUUAAAAAAAAAGACAGAAAUAAUGUUUAAACCGUUUAAACCAUUAAAAAGAUUAUGUAAAGAAUUGAUUUAUUUGUCAUUGGAAGGAUUAAGAUAUCUUCAAACGUAUGAUUGGUUGAUGCUAAGAUCAAUAGUAACAGGUGGAUUUAUUGGGUGGAUUUUGUACAGUUUAAAAUUCACUUUGAAAGAAUAUUCAUAUAAUGAUAAUAAUGAAAUAAAGUUAAAUUAUAAAUAUAAUUUAUAUGUAAAUUCGCCUACAACUUAUUAUUUGUACACUUUUUUCCUAAUAUAUUUUUGGAACAAAGUGUUGAAUGAUUUUAAAAUAUUCACAAGUUAUUUCAAAUCUAAUGAUAAUAACAAUAAUGGAACAAUUGUUAGUUAUAUUGUUGGUUAUAUAUUAGUGCUAGAAAUUCUGGUUUAUAGUUAUUUUGAAAGAAGUGCUCUAAGUGGAUGUUUUAUAUUAUUGUCAUCUUGGCCAUUAAUUAUUUCAUCCGAGAUUAAAUCUAAAAAUAAAUCAUUAUUUAUAAUGUGGUCAAUUUCUUGCAUAAUCUCAAGUAUAUUUACUUUAUUGCCUGUUGAGAAGGGAGAGAAUAUUUUGUUGGUGAUUAUUGGAGGAUUGUUAAUUGUAAUGUUGGGAAUUUAUUUGUUAUUAUUAUCUAACAACAACAACAACAUCAUUAGUAGUAGAAUAAUUGAUAGUGAUAAUAAGUUUAUGGUUCAAUUUCAGAUAGCAUUCUUUGGCACAGGAAAUGUUGCAUCCUUAUCAUCAUUUUCAUUAUCAAGUGUCUAUAGACUAACUACCAUCUUUGAUCCAUUUCUUAUGGGUGCUUUACUACUGCUAAAAAUAUUGAUUCCAUUUUUCAUAGUUUCUUCGGAUUAUGGAAGUUGGUUAGAGAUUGGUACUACAAUCAGCCAUUUUGUUAUUAUCAAGAAGAACUUUCUCGCAGUACAGUUGGAAAGUUCAUCUGGAACUUUAUUUUGGACUGCUGUUUUAAAAUCGUAUCCCGGAUUCUUUGAGGAGAAGCAUCAAUAUACGCCUCCAAAUCAGCUCCCAGAAGAAUACAUACAUGUCUUUAUGCAAGAUAUGCAAGAAGAAGUUUUUUUUCCUAUUACAGAAUUAUCAGAAAGCAAUUUUGUU